GAAGAAAUGUGUGCCGGUAAUGAGCUUUGAGAACAGCAAAGAUCCUAGACUGUCCUGUAUUGAGGGUGCGGCUAACUAGUCUUCAAAACCCAGAUUAAGCACCAAAAGAAGAAUUAUCCGGCAGUUAUAUUUGAGAUGGAACAUACCCGUGUUACAGAAUCCAUGGAAAUGGAAUCAAGCACUCUCCACAACAUCAGAAAUACCACCUGUGACCUGUAUCAGCAUCGCAGUAUUGCAAGGAUUGUGAUACCCCUGCAUUACUCCAUUGUUUUCAUAAUAGGGUUAACUGGAAAUGCACUGGCUCUGCAUGUCAUCCGUCCCAACUUAAAGAAGAUGAACUCCACUACCUUAUAUUCGACCAAUCUCGUCAUCUCUGAUAUUCUUUUCACCUUGUCUCUGCCUUUGCGCAUAGUGUACUAUGCAAUGGGCUUCCACUGGGUGAUGGGGGAUGCAUUGUGCAGGAUUACAGGUCUCAUAUUCUACAUCAACACAUAUGCUGGUGUCAAUUUCAUGACUUGCUUGAGUGUUGACCGGUUUAUUGCUGUGGUACUGCCUCUCCGCUUCAGUCGGUUCCGGAAAGUUCACAAUGUCAAAUACAUCUGCAUGCUUGUGUGGUUCAUAGUAUUGGCUCAGACAUUACCACUACUCACAAUGCCUCUCUCCAAAGAAGUCGAAGGGGGAUACAUAACCUGCAUGGAAUACCCAAACUUUGAAAUAAUACCAAACCUGCCUUAUAUGCUUCUGGGUGCAGUGUUUCUAGGAUACGUUAUUCCAGUGGUAACCAUCUUGGCUUGCUAUUCUGGAUUAUGUUGGAAACUGCAAUUCUCUACAAAACAAAACCAAUUUGCUGAUAAAUCUGGGAGGAACAAAAAGGCCACCCGCGUCAUCUUUUUUGUGACUCUUGUGUUUGUAAUAUGCUUCAGUCCCUACCAUAUUGACAUUGUGCAGCAUAUGAUUAAAAAACUGAGUUAUGAUCCCAGUUGUUCAGAACAAUAUGCCUUUCAAGUGUCCCUCCAUUUCACUGUGUGUCUGAUGAAUUUCAACAGCUGCAUGGACCCGUUUAUCUACUUCUUUGCCUGCAAAGGCUACAAGAGAAAAAUCAUGAAAAUAAUGAAACGACAAGUCAGUGCCUCCUUCUCCAGCGUGGUCAGGACUUCUCCAGAUGGCUCCACACGGGAUGUAAUUGAUAACAACAAAAUAGUUUUAGUGCCGUUAAAUAGUUAUAAAAAUAAGUCCCAGAACAGUGGCAAGGUAGAAACAGACACAACUGUGGAGGGCUUUACAAACAGAGUUUCCGGGUCAAGGUGUCUCUGAAAAUGAGAAAUCCCAAGAACGUUUCUGAAGGCAUAAUACAACUCUAGAGAAACACAUGUCCAGUAGUGAACGGUGUCAAUCUACCUUCUCCUGUCUACAAUACAGGCAGAUUUACAAUUAAAGUUUGAGGUUGCUGAGUAAUGUGCCAUUAAAUAUUCCCGAAUACAAGAGAUGCAUCCAACUGUUUUCCACUUGUUGUACAGUUGUGAAGAUUAAAUCUAGUUAUAAAAUCAUUGUUUAGUCCUUCCAUUUUUUGGGGUCACAAUUAUAUUGUACAAAUAUUAAAUACAUUGUAUUUUAUUUUAUUUUUAUUUUUAGGAAGACUAAUUAAUACUAGCCUUGUUUAAAAGUGAUCUUGAAAGUCUUCCACACAGGCUGGCUAAAAGAAUACAUAAACAAAACAUAAUUCAAGUUUAGGGGUUUCUAAUUUCGGAUCGAAUCUUGAACAAGGGUGUGGGGCUUGUGAACCAGCAACGGCUUUUUCCUUCUAGCUUUAAAAAAGGGAAGUCAAUUAAUUCAGUAACCUCUUAUCAAACAUGAACUGUGUUCAGUAAAAUGACAAAUUAUGUAUUUCCUAAGCACAGAUAAAGAACAGUAGCCAGUUGCAUAAAACACUUUAAAAUGUGUCUUGAUAUUAAGGGUGUUGUAAUUAACACAUUUAUCCUUCAAUGUUGUACUGGUUUCUAAGAAAAAAUGCCACGUCUGUUAUGUACAUACAAUAUCUAACUGUUAGAGUGAGCACCGUUAAAAGACUGGCUGACCUUUUAGUGCUUUAGCAGCCAGAUCAGUAUAGUUUGCAUCCAUCAGAGUACUGAUUACAACACACAGUACUUUAUUGUAACUUUUUGAUCUUCAGCAACAACUUAACCAGGUAAAACAUAUAUUUUACAACAGCUGCUACCAUCACAGGAAAAUGUAAUUUACCGAAAAGCCUCAAGAUAAUCUACCGGUAAUGUAAUCUUAAUAGUAACUUCUUUUGUAUAUAUUGUUUGUCCUUUUUGUACCUGCAUGUACAUUAAUUACAUUAAAAGAGUUUGCUGCAGUUUUCUGUAUAAAUUACACAUUUUUGCGUGCUCUACACUGCACAAAUGUAUAAAUAAACAAUGUGAAACGUUG